CAGCAGCUUGUCUCCUCCAUCCUCCAUCCGUUCGUGCGUCUCUCCGCUGCGGCUCAACCCGGAAUACACGUUCCUCUCUGCGGCUCUUCCACCUGGACGAUGCCGCACUGACCUUCCAGAGGAGCAGGGAGCACUCACCGUGGUUUCACCCCCCUCGGGUUCGAUUCCCAUGUAAAAGAAGCAGAAAGUCUCUGUUGUUGGAUCGAGUCCCUCAGUGGUUCUGGAAAAAAGACUGAAUCUGCAUCUGGAUCCGUGCUCGUCGAGGACAACAUGCCUCAGACUCCACCGUUCACAGGGCAGCUGAACACAGGCAGCUACAACAAGAACCUGUACCAGGCCAAGGAGGAAGGCUGCCCCGGCCUCUACUAUCAUGACAACAACCUGGUGUCCGGGUCCCUGGAGGCCCUCAUCCGCCACCUGGUCCCAACUGGGGACUACUAUCCAGAUAGGACGUACAUCUUCACCUUCCUGCUCAGCUCUCGCCUCUUCCUCCGCCCGUACGAGCUCAUGUCCAGGGUGUGUCACCUGUGUAUGGAGCAGCAGCGACCCGGCGACCCCCAGGCUGACAAGAUGAGAGUGAGGAAGAACGCUCCCAAGAUCCUCCAGCUCCUGACCGAGUGGACGGAGACCUUCCCGUAUGAUUUCAGGGACGAGAGGAUGAUGCGCAGCCUGAAGGAGCUGACCCACCGACUGGCCAACGGAGAGGAGGUGUACAGGAAGGCGGUCGGGCAGAUGAGCCAGGGCCUGAUCAGGAGGUUGACGGUGCUCAGCCAGUACGAGGAGGCGCUGGUGAAGAUCAACGCCACGGCGGCCGAGCGACUCGCGGCUCUGAAGGCGAAGCCGCAGGCGUCCAUCCAGAGAGACAUGCUGAGCAUCUGCAACGACCCCUUCACCGUGGCCCAGCAGCUCACGCACAUAGAACUGGAGAGACUGAGCUACAUCGGACCGGAAGAGUUCGUCCAGGCCUUCGUCCAGAAAGACCCUCUCGACAAUGAUAAGAGCUGCUUCAGCGAUCACAAGAAGGCCAGCAACCUGGAGGCGUACGUGGAGUGGUUCAACAGACUCAGCUACCUGGUAGCCACAGAGAUCUGCAUGCCCGUGAAGAAGAAGCACCGAGCUCGAGUCAUCGAGUUCUUCAUCGACGUGGCGCGGGAAUGUUUCAACAUCGGCAACUUCAACUCCCUCAUGGCGAUCAUCUCUGGGAUGAACAUGAGUCCUGUGUCUCGGCUGAAGAAAACCUGGAGCAAAGUCAAGACGGCAAAGUUCGACAUCUUAGAGCAUCAGAUGGAUCCUUCCAGCAAUUUCUACAACUACAGAACGUCUCUGAGAGGAGCCACGCAGAGAUCCAUCACCGCCAACAGCAGCCGGGAGAAGAUCGUCAUCCCUUUCUUCAGCCUGCUCAUUAAAGACAUCUACUUCCUGAACGAGGGCUGUGCCAACAGGCUGCAGAACGGACGCAUCAACUUUGAGAAAUUCUGGGAACUCGCCAAACAAGUGAGUGAGUUCAUGGCCUGGAAGAAAGUGGAGUGUCCGUUUGAGAAGGAUCGUAAGAUCCUGCAGUACCUGCUGACGGCGCCGGUGCUGCCUGAGGACGCUUUGUAUCUGGCAUCAUACGAGAGUGAAGGUCCUGAGAACCACAUGGAGAAGGACAGAUGGAAGUCUCUGAGAUCCACUCUGCUAAGCAGGGUCUAAACCUCCGAGCUAAAGAAACCCAGUUGGAAGACAAACCCCCGACAAGGAAGCCGCCGCCCACUCGGCGCCGCUCUUGUCCAAACCAAGUAUUCCCGUAUCGGAAGGGAAAUGACAAUCUCUACUCUGGCUGGCGAGGACGUUUUGUGUUCCCUCCGGCUUCAGAUUUCUACCAAGCUCUGCUUUUCCUUACGCUCCUGCUCGUUUUUCAUCUUUGUAUGACUUUGUAGAGUCUUUUAAAAAAAAACAACAACAAGAGAGACGCCACAGACUGUCAGAAUAAAAGCAUGAGCAGGUGCUUGUUCUCGUCCGGAACAUUGGACGCCGACAAACGAGCGUCAACGGACUCGUUUCUCUGCCACUUGUUUUUCCACUGAAACUACAACGUUAGCUGCUGGUUGGCUAACGCUCUCUGGUUCCACAAGCCAGCACCCUGAACGGGGAUCGAACCUGAACACACAAGUUCCUCACGAAGCCACGGUCUCUCGCUCCGUCUCUUUUCCUUUUGUACGAGCUUCUUUCCCGCUUCGUGUUCUUGAAGGUUUUUGUUAAAUGUGAUGUUGUACGAGGAAAAUGCACUGGCUGCGUUUUUAAAAGAUAGAAAUGAGUUGUUCUGUGUGUGUGUUGUAUAAAACUGUGUGAGUCUUGAGCAUUUAUUGUGUCUUUGACCCAUUUCAGCCUCAGUACGUUCCAGACAAAGUGUUUCUCUGACGGGGGGGCAGUAUCUUCAGCACUAGCUUGUAUUUACAGGUCUAUGUAUCUAAAUUAGAUGCAUAUGGACAAACUGCUCAUAUUAAACAUCUUGAGAUAGAUAUUUCUUCACCAAAUUACAGCUGUUAUAGAUUUAAAGUCUCUACUUUUAGGAUUUAAAUCAUGAUCUUGCUCUGUUCAAGGAAGUUAUUAGAAUAUUCCUGGAUCCGCCUUUUUAUCCAAAUCUGUGCCAAUUGUCCCGAAUCCUCACCCGACCGUUCCACCAAGUUAAAAGAGAAUCAUCUAAGUAGUUUUUGCGUUAACGUCAAACCUUGAUGGAACCUUCACAUCGUGUGCAGAGGAAGCCCGGGGAUCGAACUCUCCUUGUUUGAAACGUACUGACGUCUUCGUCAGUGAACGUAAAUGAAACGUAGUCUUGUGCGUUUUCCUGCUGAUCCUGAUCGAGUGGGUGUUAAAUGUCCCUCAGCUGCUGAGGACAUGAGUCAAGGGCCCCGUGUCCCUGCUCUACCUGCCUAACGUGGUCAAUGAGUGUGGUUGUGCUGCCCCCUGGUGGUUCAGUCAGAACAGUGAAUGGAUUUGUGUGGUUGAAUAAUGUGAACUGAGGAUUUCGUCUUUGUUUUUAUUUCCCAUGAGUCUAGUUUCCUCCCUGUUUUAUUUAUAACGCUGUGUAGUCACAUUAUGUCCUCGUGCCAAUACUAUCGUCUUAUUUAAUUUUGUACUAGGUACAUAACCAGCUGAAGUAGUCUUCAGAUAUUGGCUUAAUUAUUAUUAUUGUUAUUAUUAUUUGUAUUUUCUACACGUUCGUAUGAGAUUUAUUUUUGGAGGCAGCAGCUCAGAGUAUGAAGUUGAAUGUGUUUGACUGACAUGAGCUUCGCCUUGACUCCUCCCACAGAGUGCUGUUGUGUUUGUGUACAUAAUGUUCUACUUCCCCCCCGAUGGGUUCAUCCAUUUGUAUUUGGACAGUUUGAAUUGAAUAGAGGAACCGUUUAUAAAUGAAUUAGUUGUGUUGAAAAAAGAGAGUUAAUAAAAUAAUGUU